UUGUAUGCUACCUAUCACCACCGCCGCCCCUCCCGCCUCAGUAUCGAGGGGGAAAAAGACACCCGGCGAUCCUGACGUCGCAGGGCCUUGUUUGCCUCGUGUUCCAACGGAACAGCGAAGCUUAACCCUUGUUGGCUUUUGAUGAUGCCGUCCCGCCGUGUGCGUCACUUGAUUGUCUCUCCCACCAACAACGCGGCAACUCUUACCAAUGGUCCUCUCCCUCCCCUCCCCUCCCCUCCCCUCCCCCCAAGGCCUCGCGCCUAGACGGGAUCCGUCUGCGGAUAGUGUCUGGGACGGGUUGGAGUUGGUUGGCACGCGGAGGCGACUAGCGGCGUCCGAGGCAUUCAUGGCUUGUUCUGACUCCUCCUGUGGUCUAUUACAACCUGGAUACACCCGCCAAGUCGAUGAGGGGGAGGGGGGGGGAUAUCCUUAUCCAGAGACUCGGACAAGACUCCGGCCUCAUCAAGGUGGACAACUCCGCAUUGCUCGUGGUGUUGAGCUCCUGCUUAUCGAGAUAGAGACAUGGAUGGAAUGUUCUCCGCACCAUCAUCGUCCAGGGGGUUUGGCGUUUCCCGGCGGCAUCUUCCAUCUUAUCUCUCAACACGGACACUCUCCAAACACCUUAUUGAUACAACCGUCCUUCCAUGGGCUGAGCCAUGAACCCCACCCACAGUUCCCGCGGGGUUACUUUGACACUGUCACGCUUCUCCGUCUCCCCCCCUCUCCCUCACCCUCACCAUACUCCAUGUAGAUAGAUCUUGGGCGUUGGGGUCAUGCAUGCCCGGAUCCCGCUAUUACCACCGAUGACCGGUGCAGUUCAUCACCCACCUCUUGCGCCAUGAUCCUCCGACAACCCCCCAUCAACCGCAGCAGUCAGUGUAUUUAACACGCAUCGAGCCGGUCUAGUCGCUUCGAGGCCAUUCGCUCUCUCUGACCCUUAUCUUAUCUCUUUCUCUCGAGUCUUGACCCAUCUUGACAACAGACGACAGAGACAGACAAGACACUCGUUCACAUCAUGGGAAGCCUCAAGACCGAACCCUGGGAGCUGGCCGCCGCCAAGAAGCGCGAGUCCCUCGCCGCCUCCAUCCCCCCGGAAUGGCGCGUGCCCAAGACCCUGCUGCCCCCGGACUCCCAGGACGACGUCACCACCUGGCCCGAGACGUCUGGCUGGUUCACCGCGGAGGAGCUCGCCAUCACCGACAGCACCGCCGCCGAACUCAUCGCGAAACUCGCCUCGGGGGAGCUCAAGUCGGUGGACGUCACGACGGCCUUUUGUAAGCGCGCCGUCGCCGCUCAUCAACUCACAAACUGCCUCUCGGAAACAUGCUUCGACCGCGCCCUCGCCACGGCCAGGGCCAGGGACGAACACUUCGCGCGCACCGGACGGCCCGUCGGCCCCUUCCACGGCCUGCCCAUCUCCCUCAAGGACAACUUCCACCUCAAGGGCCUUGACGCCACCGUGGGCUUCACCUCGCACAUCGGCGACCCGUCCGACAGCGAUGCCGCCCUCGCCGCCCUGCUCGAGGACGCCGGCGCCGUCUUCUACGUCAAGACCAACGUGCCCACCGCCAUGAUGAUCGCCGAGUCCGUCAACAACGUCUUCGGCCGCACCGUCAACCCGCGGAACAGGAACCUCACGAGCGGCGGGAGCUCCGGCGGGGAGUCCGCGCUCAUCGCCAUGAAGGGGAGCCCUCUCGGCAUCGGGACUGAUAUCGGUGGCUCUCUCCGCAUCCCCGCCGCUUGCACCGGCAUCUUCACCCUCCGCCCUUCCUUCGGCCGCUUCCCGACCCUCGGCUGCCGCUCCGGCAUGUCCGGCCAAGAAGCCGUGCAGUCUGUCAACGGGCCCAUGACGCGCACCCUGACCGACCUGGAACUUUACAGCAGGGCCGUCGUCGGCCGCCAGACCUGGCUCCACGACCCCCGCUGCGUCCCGAUCCCGUGGCGCGACAUCUCCCUCCCCGACCGCCUCACCAUCGCCGUCAUGUGGCACGACGGCAUGGUCCGCCCGACGCCUCCCGUUGCCCGCGCGUUCGCGCUCACCGUCGAGAGGCUCAGGGCCGCCGGCCACACCGUCGUCGACUGGGACCCGCGCGACCAGGCGCAGGGCCUGAGCCUGCUGGGCCGCAUGUUCGUCGCCGACGGCGGCGUCUCCAUCCGGAAGGAGCUCGAGAGGACGGGCGAGCCGUUCCGGCCCGAGAUGAAGGCGUACGAGACGGCCCGGGAACUGGGCACCUACGAAAUGUGGCAGCUGCACAUCGAGCGGACGGCGUACCAGAAGCGGUACCUCGACCGGUGGAACGAGGCCGGCAUCGACGCGAUCCUCUGCCCGACCACGCCGUUCGCCAGCGUCAGGAACGGGGAGUACAAGCAUGUUGGGUACACCGGCGUGUACAACGUGCUGGACUACUCUUGCGUGUCAUUCCCCACGGGCCUCUCGGCGGACGAGAGCCUGGACAUGCUCCUCGACUCCCACGGGACGCCGCUGGGGCCGGACUGCGAGGCCGUCAACGCCCAAUACGAUCCAUCCGCCGUGCACGGGAUGCCCAUCAGCCUGCAACUCGUUGCCCGUCGGCUGGAAGAAGAGAAGGCCAUCGCCAUGGUCGGGCGUGUUCUAGAGGUUCUUUGAAUUGCUGGAAUUUGUUUCUUUCUUUUUUGUUCUUAGCAUAAGCGUUGGGCAUUUUUAAUGUAACAUGAGAGCGUGCAACACGUACAAACUAAUGAUCAAACAGAUGGCCAUGUGGAACGCUCGCCAUUGUAUCUUGGGAGAGGGUGUAUUAUGCUCAAUGUCGAGAAUGAAGUACCUUCACCUUUCCCAGCCGGUAAGAGAACUCUCGUCGGCAUGCCUGGGUUUGUUGAAAACACGCAAAGGAACCGGCCUUACCGAGUCGGUUACCCAAAUCUAUCAAUACCAUCCCAUUUCUCACGUUGUUCACUCGAGGGCAUACAGCAGGGAAAGGAUUACAUCUCUGCCAGAGGGAACCGAUGGGAGGGGGGCCCUGAACGAACACCUCAAAACGUCAUCAACUCAGAAAAACACUACUAUAUAGACAUUAUCAAACUACG